UAUAGAUAUCGGAUUUGGGUAAGUAUCUAUCCUCAAAAUCCCCUUAUACAAAACAAAUAAAAAUCCAUAAAUACCCCCUCAAGACCCUUUACUAUUGAAACUUGUUCUUCACUCUACACAUGAAAAUUCUUCUCUCUAGCUUGUCCCUAUUCUGGAUCACUGUUCUUCAUACAUAUACUCUCAUUCAAUCGUUUGUUGCACUAUAUGCUUCCUAGAAAGAGACCGGCAGAAGGCGUGGUAGUUGAAGGUAGCAGUAGCAGUUGUGAUCCAGAAAGUGCUAUUAAAAAGCAGAGAAUUAGUAGUGGAAUCUCUUCUGUCGCAAAAGAGAAUACCAGUGGUUGCAGUAUUAACGAGUUCGUAAGUAAUAAUACUAACGGUAACGCUAGCAGCAGCAGUGUUGGUGAACGUUCAGUGACGGAAAUGGCUUUUGAUGAUGGCAAUCCCCAUGAUAUUGAUGAGGAUCUCCACAGCAGACAGCUUGCUGUGUAUGGCCGUGAAACUAUGCGGCGGCUUUUUGCUUCUAAUGUUCUUAUAUCGGGGAUCCAAGGGCUUGGUGCUGAAAUAGCUAAGAAUCUUAUACUUGCUGGUGUGAAGUCUGUGACUCUACAUGAUGAAGGAGAAGUGCAGUUGUGGGAUUUGUCGAGCAAUUUUAUUUUCUCAGAGAGUGAUGUUGGUAAGAACAGAGCACUUGCUUCUGUUCAAAAGCUACAAGAGCUCAACAAUGCUGUAGUUGUCUCAAGUUUGACUACAAAAUUGACUAAGGAAAAGCUUUCUGAUUUCCAGGCUGUGGUACUUACUAACGCCAGCUUAGAGGAAGCACUGGAAUUCAGUGAUUACUGCCACAAUCAUCAACCCCCUAUUGCAUUUAUCAGAACUGAAGUGAGGGGUCUAUUUGGUUAUGUCUUCUGUGAUUUUGGCCCCGAGUUCACAGUUUUUGAUGUAGAUGGUGAAGAACCUCAUACAGGCAUUAUUGCAUCAAUUAGUAAUGAUAAUCCUGCCCUGAUUUCGUGUGUGGAUGAUGAAAGGCUUGAGUUUCAGGAUGGGGACCUAGUUGUGUUCUCAGAAGUACAGGGCAUGACAGAACUUAAUGAUGGCAAGCCAAGAAAAAUUAGUAGUGCAAGACCUUAUUCAUUUACCCUCGACGAGGACACAACAAACUUUGGCCGCUACGAGAGAGGUGGUAUUGUGACUCAGGUGAAGCAACCCAAAAUUUUGAACUUCAAGACAUUGAGGGAAGCUAUCACAGAUCCCGGCGAUUUUCUUCUUAGUGAUUUCUCAAAGUUUGACCGCCCACCUCUGCUGCAUUUGGCAUUCCAAGCAUUAGACAAGUUCAGAUCAGAUUUGGCACGGUUUCCCCUUGCUGGUUCAGAAGAUGAUGCUCAGAGACUGAUCUCUAUUGCCACAAAUUUAAAUGAAAGCAAUGGGAAGGUCAAACUGGACGACAUAAACCCAAAACUUUUACAGCAGUUUUCUCAUGGUGCACGUGCCGAACUUAAUCCCAUGGCUGCUAUGUUUGGUGGUAUUGUCGGGCAGGAGGUUGUGAAGGCUUGCUCUGGGAAGUUUCAUCCGCUUCACCAGUUCUUUUACUUCGACUCCCUGGAAUCACUUCCAACUGAGCCACUGGAUCCUAGUGAUUUGAAGCCAUUAAAUACUCGGUAUGAUGCCCAAAUCUCAGUCUUUGGGCAGAAAUUUCAAAAGAAACUAGAAGAUGCCAAGGUGUUUUUGGUGGGAUCUGGUGCCUUGGGUUGUGAGUUCCUGAAGAACUUGGCUUUAAUGGGAGUUGCAUGCACCGAACAAGGGAAAUUAACUGUGACUGAUGAUGAUGUUAUUGAGAAGAGUAAUCUUAGUAGACAAUUCCUCUUCCGAGAUUGGAACAUUGGCCAGGCAAAAUCCACUGUUGCUGCUGCUGCUGCAGCAUU